CUUAUUUUUGUUGAUUUUAAUUUUAAUUAAGUGAAAGUGCUAGAAUGGGAAAAAACCCAAUCGAUUGGAUUUCACAAAGUUCUACUUAUACAUAUUUAUAUCGUUAUACGCGGUCGCAAAAUACGUAGUUGUUGAUGGCAAAGUUUCAAAGACGACUUGUAUCGUUAUAGCGCACAUAAGCAGACGUGAAAACGUCGACCGACGUGAAAAGAAACUUCGGGUUGCCGCCUGCUGUAUCAUGUCUCGACCUGGGUCGACUUGAAAGAGAUCGUGUGUUGUGUUGGCCGUGUUGGCGCCGAGUCGCGUCGUCUCGAGUGCAGUAGCCUGAGGAGGGUGGCUCGUCACGGAUGGCCUCAAAUCUAUAUAUUUUCAGCCUCCCUAACAACGCAGACAAAUAUUUUUCUACUUAUUGCUAUUAUUACACUACGAGAAAUACAAAAAUGUGAUGUGAUUUUUAAUUCUUUAUUGUUUUUUUAUUUAAAUUCGUGUUUAUAUCAAUCUCAAGAUGUUGGAUUAACAAAACUAAAUGUAUUCCUUGGAUAAUUUAUUAAAGAAACGAUGCUUGAACGAUGGUACCGCUUAAAAUUAUGGUACACCUUAACCCUUUUCUUGGGAUUUAUCCUAACGUUCUCGUUAUACACAACUUUAUUAACCGACACAUACAUUUUGUUACAAAUAGAGCCUUUAUAUAAACUAAAUCCGAACAAUUUCACGUACAUUUAUCCAACAGAAACAUUAACGCUCAACGAUUACACAAAAUUAAUUGAUUUAAAUAAUUUUCAUUUUACGAUAUUUAAUAAAGUUUGCGAUAACGAAACUGAUACCUUAUUGUUAAUAUUGGUUCAUUCGUCGCCUAGAAAUUUCGAUAAGCGUCGCGUGAUUCGUGAUACGUGGGGGCAAGAAAGGAAGGAAAUAAAAUUACUUUUUGUUUUGGGAUCAAUUAACAAUUCGACUUUGCAAAGGAAAAUCCAAACCGAAAAUGAUAUUAACAACGAUUUGUUGCAAGGAAAUUUCAUGGACUCUUAUAGAAACUUAACAUACAAACAUGUUAUGGUUUUAAAAUACCCUAUUUAUCAUUGUCCCGAGGUAAAGUAUGUUUUAAAAACGGACGAUGACGUUUUCGUCAAUAUUAACGCAACGAUUUUGUUUAUAAAAAGCGAAUUUUCACCUCCGAUAGGCGUUUCCAAUUUAUUGUUGUGUAAAGUUAUCAAAAACGCCAAAGUUUUUCGUAGUUUUCGUUCGAAAUGGCGCGUUUCUGUCAAGGAGUAUUCAAGGAAACGUUAUCCCACUUAUUGUACGGGAUUCGCUAUUUUAUAUUCGAACGAUGUUUUAUUUCAAUUGUAUAAAAAUGCCCAAGAAAUGGAAUAUUUUUGGAUUGACGAUGUUCAUAUAACCGGCGACGCUGUGCUUGGUACAAAUAUUUCUCAUACUGAUGUUUCACCGUUAAUUUUCGGUUCGAAACAUAUUACUCGAUUCAAUUUUAAUCAUUUUCUAUACGGCAAACCGCAAUCUAACAUCGACGAUAUUUUAAAAUUAUGGAGAUUAAUUCAAAAGCACUCGAAUGAAACCUAAAAUUUUAAAUUAAUUAGCUUUGCACUUUGUGAUGUAGUAAAGUUAUUUUUCAACUAAACCGGUUUAUUUAAUUGCAUUUAUUCGUGGAAUUCCUUAUAUUUUAUCUCCAAUUAACUUCAUUACCAGUUUUCAUAUCAUUUAAAUCUAAAACUAAAAUAUAUUUCUAAAUUCGAAUUUUCAGGUUAUGUUUUGAUAGAUUCACAUAACAACAAAGAUUAACAUAAUCUAAAAGAUACUUAUGCUUACAUGAUUUAGAUAAAAGCAGCGAUUAAGUUUAUAAUAUUAGCUUAAGAGAUCACUCACGAUUUUGGAGAGAUUAAAGUGUACGAAAUUUCACCUCAAAAUAACUUUUAACGUUUAUGUUGUCAUUCUCAAUUUUUCUCGUAUCCAUAGUAACGUAUUAAUAUCCAACGUCAAAAUUAAACCUAACCUAAAAAUUAAAAAUUCGUUUUAUUUAAAAAAAAAAUUCUAAUCUGAUCUGAAUAAUCUUUAAUUCGAAACAUCGCGUUCUAAUAAUAAAACUAUAUCAAUAUACUCAGCCAUUUAACGAUUAACAUCAAUAAACAAUGAACCUUGCCAAUUUGGAACGAUUUCAAAUACGCAGUUAAAUAAGUGCAUUUAAAGUUCGUUUCGAAUCAAUUAAUCCUUAUUUAAAUCUGUUUCAUCUCAAAGUGCAAACAAUCUGUUUAAUUUCCCAAUUUAAAACUUAAUUUAAAAUGACAACUUUAAUUUGGUGACAUUUAAAUGUCAAAGUGACAUAAAUUAUAAUUUAUUUUUUUAUACAUCCCUUUUUUUGUAUGUAUUUUAAUGAAAAUAAAGUUAACAAAUGGAAUAAUGAUUAGCUGUGCCUGUGAUAGAAAUAGUAAAUAAUCAAAAAAGAAUUAAAAAAUCAGCCCGACCCUUUAAAACGUUAUAUUUUAAAAUAGGAUGUAAAAACCACAACUUGAUAAUGUUUUAAUCAAGAUUAAACGUGAAAUUAUUUAAUUUUCUUUUGAUACUUAAUUAUUUUUUAUUUUAAAGUGUUCGUUUAAAGGGUUCAAUUGAAUUUAACACUUGUGCCAAUCACAAAACAUUAAAAAACUGAUAUUUCUAUCAAAGACUGUUGCGCACGCGUUGUACUUACUCUAAUUAUUAACAAU